AUGAAGUCUGCGGCCAUUGCUCUCAGCCUAGGUGCCGUCGCCAACGGCCUCGCGGUCCGCGGCGGAUGCCAGCUUCACUUGAGCGCCGGCGGCGACGUCGUCGGCUGCGUCGGCGAAAUCUCCUCUGGGCAGGUUCGCGCUGGCAACGGCGUCCAGUCCUCUACAUUUACCUUUACCAGUGGCGGGCUCACCGACGACAAGGGCCGCGGAUGCUGGUGGACUCCCCCUACCGGCGUCCUCCAGUGUGAUGAGGGUCAAGCCCCGGACACCGGAUUCACCAUCGGCUGCGACGGCAAGGUCUCCUGGAAUGGCCAGACCACCUUCUUCGAGUGCGCUACCGGCGAACAGGGCCAGUGGAACAUCUACAACAAACAGGACCAGGGCGCCAACUGCGGCAAGGUCACCCUCACGGCCGACGGCUGCCACGCCGCUUGCCCGCCACCCCCUCCUCCGCCUCCUCCUCCCCCCGCCCAGACCUGCCCGACCAACCUCAACGGCCCGUACGAGUUCCCGCAUCUCAUCAUACCCGUCUCCAAAUCUAGCCCCGACACGGCAGCCGGCACCUCCUACUUCGGCGUCGUCAACGGUGACACCUCCUCCAUUUUCAACUUCGACAUCCCCGCCGGCGACCAGGGCAAGAAGUGCAGCCUCGUCUUCCUCUUCCCCAAGCAGGCCGACUUGGAGACAUCGAGCUUCACCUUCUCCGGUGACGGCAAGCUCGACUUCACCCAGCUGAAGGCUGCCGCCACCGAGGGCACCACCUACAACAACCAGCCCGGCAAGGCGGCAGAUCUCGGCCAAGUGACAGUCGCCCCCGGAAACUCGUACAGCAUUGCUACGUUUGACUGCCCCGCGGGCCAGCGCGUCGCCUACGAGAUCUCGGCGGCCGGCAACACCGACUUCAAGUACUUCCAGGACUACAACCCCUCGCCGAUUGGUCUCUACAUCACCAAGUGCUGA